AUGACGGCCACUGUCAAAGGCAACAAGAGACAACAGUGGCACUUGGGAGAGACACAGAAAGGGGAGAAGGCUGUUCAGGAGAUCAUCAAUCAAGCCCUGAAGAAGCUGGAAGAAAUCCAGGUCCCGAUGCCGGAUUACGCCCUGAAAUCAGCAGGGGCAGCCGUCAUUCGUUCCAGGACAUCUCCAUCACUCCGGGAUGCCAAAGCAAAAGUCUUCCUGUAUUCGCUGCCAGUGAUGGAUUACAUGAGGUCUCCUGAGCUUAUUCUGGAGCCAGAAAAUCAUCCUGGCAACUGCUGGCCGUUUCCAGGAAGUCAAGGACACGUCUUCAUCAGGCUGUCCAUGCCGGUCAUUCCCAGAGCCGUGACCAUGGACCAUGUCUCAGGGACAGCGUUCCAUGGAGAAAGCAUCUCCGGAGCUCCAAAGGACUUUGCUGUCUACGGCUUCAAGGAAGAACACGAGGAGCAGGGAACGUUCCUGGGACAGUUCACUUUCCUGGCGGCACUGAAUCCCAGUCAGACCUUCCAGCUGAAGAACGAGCUCCCUGGGGUCGUGAAUUACAUCAGGCUGCAAGUGCUGAGCAACUGGGGCCACCCGGACUACACCUGCCUGUAUCGGUUCAGGGUGCACGGUGAUCCGCCCAAAGAUGGGGGAGACACGGCAGUUUCAUCUAUCAAUAAAUUCCAUUAG